GUGAACAAGACUUCCGGUGGUGUGUCAUGGCGGUGGCAUGGUGAAUCCUGCAGAAAGGAAAAAAUACUCGCCCCUCUCGUCCUCUCCCAUCCACCCGGGACUCAGUUUGAUGCAGAAAUAAGCCCGUCCCUGCGGCCUCGUAGCUCGGAUCAGCCCUGCGGUGUCCCCCGCGCGGACAUGGCGGCUCACAAACCCGUAGAGUGGGUCCAGGCCGUGAUCACCAGAUUUGAUGAGCAGCUUCCCAUCAAAGUGGGACACCAGAACACUCACACCAAAGUCAGCACAGAGCACAACAAGGAGUGUCUGAUCAACAUCUCUAAGUAUAAGUUCUCCCUCGUCAUCAGCGGCCUCACCACCAUCCUCAAAAAUGUCAACAACAUGCGGAUAUUUGGAGAAGCUUCUGAGAAGAACCUCUACCUCUCUCAGCUCAUCAUCCUGGACACCCUGGAGAAGUGUUUGGCUGGGCAAUCAAAGGACUGCCUUCGUCUGGACGAGACAAUGUUAGUCAAACAGCUGCUGCCAGAGAUCUGUCACUUCAUCCACACGUACCGCGAAGGCCACCAACACGCUGCUGAGCUCCGUGUCUCCGCCUCGGCCGUCCUCUUCUCUCUGAGCUGCAACAACUUCAACGCUGUCUUCAGCCGGAUUUCCACCAGGCUGCAGGAGCUGACGGUUUGCUCUGAGGACAACGUGGAUGUUCACGACAUUGAGCUGAUGCAGUACAUAAAUGUGGACUGCUCCAAGCUGAAGAGGCUGCUGCAAGAAACUGUGCUAAAAUUCAGAGCUCUGAAGAAACCUGCACAGCUGGCUGUCAUCAACAGUUUAGAAAAGGCAUUUUGGACCUGGGUGGAGAAUUAUCCCGAUGAGUUCACGAUGCUCUACCAGAGACCGCAGGCUGACAUGGCAGAGGCCGCAGAGAAGCUGUUCGACCUGGUGGACAGCUUUGCAGAGAGUGCAAAGAGGAAGGCAGCUGUGUGGCCGCUACAGAUCAUCCUCCUCAUCCUCUGUCCAGAGAUCUUACACACCAUCUCCAAAGACACGGUGGAGGACAGCAAGGCCAACAAGAAACUGUUUCUGGACAGUCUUCGUAAAGCUUUAUCCGGUCAGGGGGGCAACAAGCAGCUGAUGGAGAGCGCCGCCAUUGCCUGUGUCAAACUGUGCAAAGCCUCCCCCUACAUCAACUGGGAGGAUCACUCCACCAUCUUCCUCUUGGUGCAGUCCAUCGUCAUGGAUCUCAAGGCUUUGCUCUUCAACCCCGCUAAACCAUUCUGGAGGGGGACAGGCAGCCAAAACGCAGACGUGGAGCUCAUGAUGGACUGUUUCGUCUCCUGUUUCCGCAUCAAUCCUCACAACAACCAGCACUUUAAGGUCUGUUUGGCCCCCACCUCCCCCACCACCUUCCACUUCGUCCUGGUCAACUCUCUGCACAGAAUAAUCACUAAUGUUUUAGGUACUGGGGACUCAUCUAGGACUCGAACACAGUCUCAACUGGACUGGUGGCCGAAGAUCGACGCUGUGUACUGCUACUCCGGAGAGCUUCGCUCCAUGUUCGCAGAUACCCUGAGCCGGGUGGUCCUGGGUGCCGGGACACAUGCUCCCCUUCGCAUGACGCCGAGUCUUCUCAAAGGGAAGGUGAGCACGAGUCUAAAGUUCAAAGAGAAAGCCACAGACCUGGACACUCGAAGCUACAAGUGCCUCCUACUCGCUCUGGUCAAACUCAUCCAUGCUGACCCCAAACUCAUGCUACAUAACCCGGUGAAGCAGGCUCCAGAGAUGCAGAGCAGCACAGCGGAGCUCAUCACCGGCCUGGUGCAGCUCAUACCACUAACCAACACUACCCAGCUUUCACAGGAGGCCAUGGAGGCUCUGUUAGUCCUUCAUCAGCCUGAAACAAUCGAGCUGUGGAACCCUGAAGCCCCCAUAGAGACGUUCUGGGACAUCAGCUCUCAGGUUCUCUUCCUCAUCUGCCGUAAACUGAUCAGUCAGCAGAUGGUGAACGGGACAGAGAUCCUCAAGUGGCUGAGGGAGAUCCUGAUCUGCAGGAACAAGUUUCUGCUCAAAAAUAAGGAGUGUGCGACAAUGGGUGGAGGGAUCCCGAUCUGUCGGCAGGCUCAGACAAAGCUGGAGGUCAGUCUAUACAUGUUCCUGUGGAGCCCUGACACAGAGGCAGUGCUGGUGGCCAUGUCGUGUUUUCGCCACCUCUGCGAGGAAGCCGACAUCCGUAGCGCUGCUGACGAGGUGUCUGUCCAGACCAUUCUGCCGAACUACGCCACCUUCAGCGAGCUGGCCUCUGUCAGCAACAUGAUGGGGACAGGUCGAUCCACACUGCAGAAGAGAGUUAUGGCCUUACUGAGGAGAAUAGAGCACCCCACACCUGGAAACAUUGAGGCUUGGGAGGACACGUAUACUAAAUGGGACCAGGUCACCAAACAGAUCCUCAACCUUCCCAAAAACAAAGCUGAUGACGGGCAGCAGGAGUGGAUCAACAUGACGGGCUUCCUCUGCGCCCUGGGUGGGGUCUGUCUCCAGCAGCGCAGCACCCCAGGCCCUGCCACCUACAGCCCACCCAUGGGCCCAAUGAGUGAGCGUAAACAGUCAAUGAUAUCCAUGGGCCCCUGCGACGUGACCAACACGGUUGGCUCUUCCUGCUCCUCCUCGGCCUCUAGCGAGACGCCUGUCAGCCGCUUCCUGGAUCGGCUGCUCAGCCUCUUGGUGUGCGGCCACGACCGGGUCGGCCUCCACAUCCGCACCAAUGUCAAAGACCUGCUAGGGCUGGAGCUAAGCCCUGCCCUCUACCCCAUGCUUUUUAACAAACUGAAGAACAGCAUUGGGAAGUUCUUCGACACACAGGGGCCAGUUCCUAUAAAUGAGACCAACACUCAGUUUGUGGAGCAGACCAUCGCCAUCAUGAAGAACCUUCUAGAUAACCACACAGAGGGGAGCUCAGAACAUCUAGGACAGGCCAGCAUUGAGACCAUGAUGCUCAACCUGGUCAGGUAUGUGCGCAUCCUAGGAAACGUUGUCCAUGCCAUUCAGAUCAAAACCAAACUGUGCCAGCUGGUGGAGGUGAUGAUGGAGCGACGAGAUGACCUGUCCUUCUGUCAGGAGAUGAAGUUCAGGAACAAGAUGGUGGAGUAUCUGACUGACUGGGUGAUGGGCACGUCCAACCAGGCUGCCGAUGACGACAUCAAGUGUCUGACCAGGGACCUGGACCAGGCCAGUAUGGAGGCUGUGGUGUCUCUGUUAGCUGGUCUGCCUCUGCAGCCAGAGGAGGGAGAUGGAGUUGAACUGAUGGAGGCCAAAUCUCAGCUGUUUCUCAAGUACUUCACCCUCUUCAUGAACCUACUAAAUGACUGCAGCGAGGUGGAGGACGAGGGACAGGCAGUUGGGGGGCGUAAAAGAGGCAUGUCCCGCCGCCUGGCCUCGCUCCGUCAUUGCACUGUCCUCGCCAUGUCCAACCUUCUCAACGCCAAUGUGGACAGCGGUCUCAUGCACUCCAUUGGUCUGGGCUAUCACAAAGACUUGCAGACUCGAGCCACCUUCAUGGAGGUCCUCACCAAGAUCCUGCAGCAGGGCACAGAGUUUGACACGCUGGCAGAGACGGUGCUUGCUGAUCGCUUUGAGAGGCUGGUGGAGCUGGUUACUAUGAUGGGGGAUCAGGGCGAGCUGCCCAUCGCUAUGGCACUAGCUAACGUGGUUCCUGGGUCCCAGUGGGACGAGCUGGCCCGGGUGCUGGUGACGCUGUUUGAUUCUCGUCACCUGCUCUACCAGCUGCUGUGGAACAUGUUCUCUAAAGAGGUGGAGCUGGCCGACUCCAUGCAGACUUUGUUCAGAGGAAACAGCCUUGCCAGCAAGAUCAUGACCUUCUGUUUCAAGGUGUAUGGAGCAGCAUACCUGCAGAAGUUGCUGGAGCCGUUAUUAAGAGGAGUCAUCACCACACCUGACCACAUCAGCUUUGAGGUGGACCCCACCAGGCUGGAGCAGGGAGAGAACCUGGAGGAGAACCAGAGGAACCUUCUGCAGAUCACUGAGCGUUUCUUUCAGGCCAUCAUAGGCUCUUCUAGCGAGUUCCCCCCUCAGCUACGCAGCGUCUGCCACUGUCUCUAUCAGGCUACUUGCCACUCUCUACUGAAUAAAGCAACAGUAAAAGAAAAAAAGGAAAACAAAAAAGCAGUUGUGAGUCAGCGCUUCCCUCAGAACAGCAUCGGCGCCGUGGGCAGCGCCAUGUUCCUAAGAUUUGUAAACCCGGCAAUUGUGUCACCGUACGAGGCUGGCAUCUUGGACAAGAAGCCCCUGCCCCGGAUAGAGCGGGGGCUCAAGCUCAUGUCCAAGAUUCUGCAGAGCAUCGCAAAUCAUGUCCUGUUUACUAAAGAAGAACACAUGAGGCCUUUCAACGACUUUGUGAAGAGUAACUUUGAUGCAGCACGGAGGUUCUUCUUGGACAUUGCCUCGGACUCUCCGCCUAGCGACUCGGUCAACCACAGCCUGUCCUUCAUCAGUGACGGGAACGUGCUCGCUUUGCACCGCCUGUUGUGGAACAAUCAGGAGAGGAUCGGACAGUACCUCUCCAGUAACCGGGACCACAAGGCUGUCGGAAGGAGGCCUUUUGAUAAGAUGGCGACCCUGCUGGCUUACCUGGGACCUCCUGAACACAAACCUGUGGCUGACACACACUGGUCCAGUCUCAACCUGACAAGCUCAAAGUUUGAGGAGUUUAUGACCAGGCAUCAGGUCCAUGAGAAGGAGGAGUUUAAAGCCUUAAAGACCCUCAACAUUUUUUACCAGGCAGGAACAUCCAAGACUGGAAACCCCGUUUUUUACUACGUUGCCCGAAGGUUCAAAACUGGCCAGAUUAAUGGUGACCUGCUCAUCUACCAUGUCCUCCUCACCCUCAAACCGUACUAUGCCAAGCCCUAUGAGAUUGUUGUUGAUUUGACCCAUGUGGGACCCAGCAAUCGCUUCAAGACCGACUUCCUGUCCAAGUGGUUUGUGGUGUUUCCUGGCUUUGCCUAUGAGAACGUUGCCGCUGUGUACGUGUACAACUGCAACACCUGGGUGAGGGAGUACACAAAGUACCACGAGCGGCUGCUGACGGGGCUUAAAGGCAGCAAACGGCUCCAGUUCAUCGACUCUCCGGCUAAGCUGGCUGAGCACAUUGAGCCUGACCAACAGAAGCUGCCUGCAGCCACGCUGACCCUGGAGGAAGACCUCAAGGUGUUCCACAAUGCACUCAAGCUGGCCCACAAAGACACCAAGGUCUCCAUCAAGGUGGGUUCCACAGCAGUUCAGGUGACUUCAGCUGAGCGGACCCGCGUCCUCGGCCAGCCCGUCUUCCUCAACGAUGUCUACUACGCCUCAGAGAUCGAAGAGAUCUGCCUGGUGGACGAGAGCCAGUUCACCCUCACUAUGGCCAAUCAGGGCACACCGCUCACAUUCAUGCACCAGGAGUGCGAUGCCAUCGUCCAAUCCAUCAUCCACAUCCGCACACGCUGGGAGCUGUCUCAGCCUGACUCCAUCCCACAGCACACCAAGAUCCGACCAAAAGACGUCCCCGGCACGCUGCUCAACAUCGCUCUGCUGAACCUGGGCAGCUCAGACCCCAGCCUUAGGUCUGCAGCGUACAAUCUGCUGUGUGCUCUGACCUGCACCUUCAACCUGAAGAUCGAGGGCCAGCUGCUAGAGACCUCUGGACUCUGCAUCCCAGCCAACAACACCCUCUUCAUCGUCUCCAUCAGUAAAACUCUGGCUGCCAACGAGCCCCACCUGACUCUGGAGUUUCUGGAGGAGUGCAUCUCAGGUUUUAGUAAAUCGAGUAUCGAGCUGAAGCAUCUCUGUCUGGAGUACAUGACACCCUGGCUGCUCAACCUGGUCCGCUUCUGCAAGCACAACGACGAUGCCAAGCGACAGCGCGUCACCGCCAUUUUGGACAAACUCAUCACCAUGACCAUCAAUGAGAAACAGAUGUACCCUUCCAUCCAGGCAAAGAUCUGGGGCAGCCUGGGCCAGAUAACGGACCUGCUGGACGUGGUGCUCGAUAGCUUUAUUAAGACCAGCGCCACAGGAGGACUGGGAUCCAUCAAAGCAGAGGUCAUGGCUGAUACUGCAGUGGCUUUAGCUUCAGGGAAUGUUAAACUGGUCUCCAGCAAGGUGAUUGGUCGGAUGUGUAAGAUCAUAGAUAAGACAUGUCUGUCACCAACGCCCACGCUGGAGCAGCACCUCAUGUGGGACGACAUCGCCAUCUUGGCUCGGUACAUGCUCAUGCUGUCCUUCAACAACUCUCUGGACGUAGCAGCUCACCUGCCGUACCUGUUCCAUGUGGUAACCCUGCUGGUUGCAACAGGGCCACUCUCCCUCAGGGCCUCCACCCAUGGUUUGGUCAUCAACAUCAUCCACUCCCUGUGCACCUGCUCACAGCUCAACUUCAGCGAGGAGACAAAGCAGGUCCUGAGGCUGAGUCUGACAGAGUUCUCGCUGCCAAAGUUUUACCUUCUGUUUGGCAUCAGUAAAGUGAAAUCAGCAGCCGUCAUUGCCUUCCGCUCAAGCUACAGAGACCGUUCAUUCUCCCCGGGCUCAUACGAGAGGGAGACGUUUGCCCUGUCCUCACUGGAGACUGUCACAGAAGCCUUACUGGAGAUAAUGGAGGCCUGUAUGAGGGACAUCCCGGCCUGCAAGUGGUUAGACCAGUGGACAGAGCUUGCACAGAAGUUUGCGUUCCAGUACAACCCGUCCCUGCAGCCCAGAGCUCUAGUGGUUUUUGGCUGUAUCAGUAAGAGAGUGAGCCACGGUCAGAUCAAACAGAUCAUCAGGAUCCUCAGCAAAGCCAGUCCUCUGCUCAGCAUCGACCGAGGUCUGGAGAGCUGUCUGAAGGGUCCGGAUAAUUACAACAGUCAAGUAUUAAUCGAGGCCACCGUCAUCGCUCUGACCAAACUACAGCCACUACUCAGCAAGGAGUCUCCUAUGCAUAAAGCUCUAUUCUGGGUGGCGGUGGCCGUGCUGCAACUGGAUGAAGUAAACCUUUACUCUGCAGGCACUGCCCUGCUGGAGCAGAACCUCCACACUCUGGACACCAUGAGAGUCUUCAACGACAAGAGUCCAGAGGAGGUGUUCAUGGAGAUCAGGCGUCCCUUAGAGUGGCACUGUAAACAGAUGGAUCACUUUGUCGGCCUCAACUUCAGCGCCAAUUUCAACUUUGCUCUGGUGGGACACCUGCUCAAAGGUUACAGACAUCCAUCAGCCACCACAGUAGCAAGGACGGUCAGGAUCCUUCACACUCUACUCGCUCUCAUCAGCAAACAUCUUAAGUGUGACAAGUUUGAGGUCAACACUCACAGCGUGGCAUACCUGGCAGCUUUGCUCACAGUGUCAGAGGAGGUCCGCAGUCGCUGCAGCCUGAAGCACAGGAAGUCGCUGCUGAUCUCUGACCUCUCCAUGGAUCCAGUGCCCAUGGACACAUACUCCAGUCACAUCACUGACCCCAGCUGCAGGACUCUUAGAGAGACUCAGCCGUGGACGUCUCCUCAGGUUUCAGAGCGCUACCUGUCAGCCCAUCACUACCCCACCGUAGGUCAGAUCAGCCCAAGAACACGCAAGUCCAUGAGCCUAGACAUGGGUCAGCCAUCACAGGCCAACACCAAGAAGCUGCUGGGCACCAGGAAGAGCUUCGACCACCUCAUUUCAGACUCUAAAGCACCAAAGAGACCAGAGAUGGAGUCCGGUAUGACCACUCCUCCAAAGAUGAGGCGAGUCGCCGAGAAUGACUAUGAGAUUGAGACUCAAAGAAUCGGUAACUCCCACCUCCGUAAAGUGUCUGUUUCCGAGUCCAACGUGCUGCUGGAUGAAGAGGUUCUGACUGACCCCAAGAUCCAGGCUCUUCUGCUCACUGUGCUGGCCACGCAGGUCAAAUACACCACGGAUGACUUCGACCAGAGGAUUCUGUACGAGUAUCUGGCUGAGGCAAGCGUCGUCUUCCCAAAGGUUUUCCCUGUUGUCCACAACCUGCUGGACUCAAAGAUCAACACUGUGCUGUCCAUGUGUCAGGACACCAACCUGCUGAACCCGGUGCACGGCAUUGUGCAGAGCGUGGUGUACCACGAGGAGUCGCCCCCACAGUACCAGCCGUCCUACCUGCAGAGCUUUGGCUUUAACGGGCUCUGGAGGUUUGCCGGACCCUUCUCUAAGCAAACUCAAAUCCCAGACUAUGCCGAGCUCAUCGUGAAGUUCCUGGAGGCGUUGAUCGACAGCUACCUGCCGGCAGCCGACGAGGAGCGAGGGGAGGAGCAGCUGAGGACCCCCACCUCUCCUUACCCCCCCACUAGCCAGAGCCAGCUCAGCAUCACUGCCAACCUCAACCUGUCCAACUCCAUGACCUCACUGGCCACCUCGCAGCACUCUCCAGGCGUGGAUAAGGAGAACGUCCAGCUCUCCCCCAGCUCUGCUCUGUCCACCGGGGGGCGCACUCGCCAUGGCUCAGCCAGUCAGGUCCAAAAGCAGCGCAGCGCUGGCAGCUUCAAGAGACCGAGCAUCAAGAAGAUCGUCUGAACGGUUGGAUAACUCCUGCACUGCCCUCCUCUUCCUCCUGCUAAGCCCCGCCCCCAGCCUGCCAGGCCUCAUGCUGCACUCCACCUUCUUAUUUCCUCCUCCUCUCCUCUUUCUUCUCAAUCUUUGCUCUGGCAGGAGUGACUUCGCAUCAAGGAGGAAUAUCUGAAAGGGCAAACUUGAAUUUUGUGCUGCUUUCGUUUGAGACGGCACGUGGUCGAGGAGUUCUUCUGUGGUAUCGUGUCUGGAGGUCGUGUGCGAGCUCUUCUUCAGACGUCGGACGAUGAAGGAACACUUAACAACCAUGGAGGAUCUGUGGCUGACAAACUGUCUUUAUGUCCCUCGGCCUUCCUCAAACACUCCUGUGAGUCUGACGGACCAAUGACAGCAGCAGCAGAGAGGGGACGGGGCCUCUCAGACUUUAGCCCCUCCCCUCGGCCCUGUACAUAUUUUACAUAGACAGAUAAUGUAUAAGUAGUCCUUAGUGCUGAUUUAAUGUUGCCGUUCUCUCCAUGGUGUGCCUUUGUCAGGGUUUUUAAUGUGUACAAUUUGUAAAGGUGAACCUUUAUGGGACAAAGAACAGGUACUAAUUAUGGAGGCGAGCCGUUCAUAUCACCAUGAGGCCGACACGAGCUGCCUCACCGACCGGCGGCCUCCAAUGAUCGUCAGAUAUACAAUCAUCCAUAUACCCUGAUGCCUGAGAGUAUUUAUCCUGUACAGCUAGAUAGAGCCACACUUCUUCUUCUUCUUUUCAAACACUUAAAACACACGGGGGAAAUGCAGCAGCCAUGUAAAUAACUCCACCCUCUCUCUCACUUUCUCUCUCUGUCCUUUUCUGUGUUGGAUUUAUGUUUUUUUAAUGUUAGUCUGAAUCUGCGCAUUUUAAUUUGUUAUCAGAGCAACGAGGAAAAGAGUGAAAUAGGCAAUAAUCUUCAACUCUCCAACUCCUCCUGUCAAACAUUGAUUUUAUUCAUACAGACCACAUCGCUCCGUCAGCUUGGUGCGAUACGAUGAAGUAAACUCCCAAGAGCCUGCUCUUAUUUAUCAUCUCUGGUGUUUAUCUGCAGAGAAAAAAGGCACAAAACUCCAUUUUCACUGCCUCAGCUACAACCACAAAUGCCAUAGAUUGAACUUUAAAGGAAAAAUCCACCUUGGGAAAGACAUUGCUCUUUAUUUAAAAAAAAAAAAAAAAUGCUUUUUUCAACAAAACACUUAACAGGAACUCUGCAUGACCAGACAAAUUCACCAUAUUGGAUAUAUAUUUGUAUAUCUUAUAUUACUGAACGAAAAACUCACUAGAUAUCUGCAUUGUUAAAAAGUUUUAUAAUAAGAUUUAAUUUUACCUCACCAGGAUGCCACCAUGUUUUAGUCCACACCGCACCCUGGGUAGUGAGACAUCGUAAGGCUUUAGCGGUCCUCUGCCCUUACUAUUUCUAUGCAUUUGUCACACAUCAAAUCUUUAUAUUAUAAACAUUUUCCUACUUAUAGGGAAGAGAAAAAUCAUGAUGACAACACUGUCAAUGUAAAUCAAAGUGAAUUUAGUCAUAGAGGCAAAGAGAUGGCAAGUGGAGCUAAUUUUAUGGCCUUUGUAUUAGUGCCUGCUGAAAAAGCAAGAACCCACCCGGGUGAGCAGUCCUGGCUGUUGAGGCCUGUAUCGCUUUUUAAACCUUAUCUAAUCCCAGUCAUAUCCCUCAGUGAUCACCUGAAUCUUUCCUUUUUUUUAAUAUGCAAAUAAACACUGAGCGUAGUCCCCCUUCAUUAGACUUUAAAAACAGGAAAUAAUGGCAGCAUGCCUCACACACUGUGCGUUAAUUAACUUUGUUUUUUUCCCCUUUUUGUAAUGUUUUUUUAUGUAUGUAGAGACUCACCUUUAAAAGCAUGGUGUUAAGCAUGUAGAGGCAGUAUUACAAAGACAGACUAGUGUAAUUCCCACCAUCCAGAGGGAUAAAUAGCUAGGAUUUAUCUAAUGAGUCUCUGUAUUUAUAAGAAAAUUCUAUGGACUGGAUAUUGUGACUCAAAAUGCAGGGAUAUUGUUUCUGUUUAGGCUCCAUGUAACCUGGUUUAUGUCCUCAAUUUUUGAAUUCAGCCAAAAUUGCCUGGCCCAUCUUUUAAAUGCUCUGUUUCUGUGUGCAACAGGGUCAAAGGUCCCCCUAAUUAAUGCACCACUCAAGUUUGUGGUUUGUUGCCAAUGUUGUCUGCUUUUAAAGGCUAUUGAAGGUGAAUGGGGCUCCGUGUUUAUUUGCAUAUGAUAAAGGAAAUGUUUAGGUCAUCACUGAGACAUUUGGAUGUAAUAAGGAUUAGACUAGUUGUGAAUAGUGUUACGUCGAGCUGUAUGAAUGUCAACAGCCAAGACGGCUCACCCAAGUAGUCUCACUCACUCUCUCUCUUUCAGCUCUGCAUCUUUUUACCUCUAUGACUAUAUUCACUUUGAUUUAAACUGAGAGUAACGUUUUCAUGAUUUUUUUCUUCGGUAACAGUGUGAUCAUGUUCAUAAUCUAAAGAUUUGAUGGGCAACUAAUGCAUAGAAAUAGUACAGGCAGAGGACCACUGCAGCUUCAUGAUGUCACACUACCCAGUGGUCUUAAAUAUGGCAGCCUCCUGGUAAGUUCAUAAUAUCAGAUUUUCCCAAAAUGCAGAUAUAUAGUGAGUUUCUUAAACUCAGUGUACAUAUAAGAGAAACAAAUAUCCAUUCAUCAAUGUGUCUUAUCCUGUAGGGUUCCUUUUAAGUAUAUUUAAAAUAGAAUUUUAAAAGAUGGAUGAUAGGUAUAUUCUGCUUAAAAACACAAGAAUUAAAGUAAAGAUAUUUAUGGGGUUUUUUUUUCCCUGAACCCUACUUAAAGAUAGAAUCAGGCAAAUUUUAAGUUGAAUAAGUGUCCUUAAUCACAACUUUUGCCAACAGAAUGAUUUGGUAAAAACUGACAAAUAGCACCAUUAAAAGCAUUUUCAGGUACCACAGAUGUUACCAAAGAGGUCCAAUCUGAGGGAUUAGAGACAUCAUAUACAAAACGAGACAGAAUAUUGAAACAUUUUUAGUUUCCAAACCCUCAUCAAAAAGUGUUUCAAUAAACUUAAAAUCUGCUUUAAAAAGUGGUGCAAACCAUGAGUGCUUAGCCCUUUAGGGAAGAGAUGAUUACGGACUUACCUCACCUACUGCCUUGUUGCAGGAAAAAGUAUAAUUUCUGAUUUUUUUAUUAUUAUUAAGUAAAAACAAACACACACACACACACAAAAUCAGAAAAGAACCUUUAAAUUAAUUUAUAGCUGCAGACUUAGUCAGCAGUUUGGUCAGUGUGUUUCUGAAUUUCAACACGACACACUGUGUUCUUCCAGGUUAUCUAGAACUUCUACAAAGACGGUGAUUUAAGCCUCGCUUACUCCCAAGCUUCAUCAUACAGGACAAAAGUCAUCCCAGAACAUAUCCAGCAGAUAAUUUAAUGAUCUGUGAAUUUAAAAAUGGUGAAUUUUCCCUUUAAAUGGUUCAGUUAUAUAUAUAUAUAUAUAUAUAUAUAUAUAUAUAUGGCUUAUCAUUGAUAUGUACAAGAGCUGUGUUACUUCAAAACCAAUCUGACUUCAUCUGAAAGCAGCAGAUUCUGCACCAGAUACCUUUCUCUGCACAUUUACUGUUAAAAACACUAAAUUUCCCAGAAUACUGCAGUCAUUGACAAAGUCAACUGUGUGUUUCUGACUUUCUUGGCAACUGCAGCUUUACAUUAAUAUCAAACUAUUAAAUAAAAUCAGCAUCCAGAGAGUUGGAACCUGCUUGUGAUGCAUAGGCUUUCCAUCGCAAACUUUAGAAUUUGUUUGAUUUGAAUUUCUGUGGGCAAGAAGUUUUCUUCAGGUCAGGAAUUUGUCCGACAAACCAACCAGGUGAAUUAAUCUUUACACCUCCAGACACAGCAGAUCCAGUGUUUCUGGUGAAAGGAACAUUAAAGCAGACACUACAGUGCUGAUGAAAGAUUACAGCUGGUUUAAGUGAAAAGUUAAAAAUUUGUCUUUGCUUAUUUUCCGUCCAUCAUUCUGCAGGAUUAUUUCUCACCCAAAGCUUCUUUCCUGCUUGAACACCUAUGCAUGAAGUGAGUAUUGUACAAAAUUUGACUUUCAGUUUCUUCUUUGAGAGCAGUGUUCUCCUCACAUCUGCUGCUUAGUCUGACACCAUUUAUCACCAUUGAUGUAUUCAUGUCACCUUCUGGAAACAUCUGUGAAUCAGUUCACCCGUGAUAGCUUUGUUUUUGUUGUAGCUGCAACAUUGAGGGUUAGCUUGUUCAAGGGUCAUCAUGAUACAAGGUUUUUCGCUUUGAUUUAAUUAUAGUAAAUCAAACAAUUUCACUACCUGUUUAGAUACAACGGCAACAAGCUUUUGGCAAUGUUUACCUUGAUUUGUUUGGUGUUUCAGAGGUUUUAUCCAAUUACAAUGAGGCAUUUAUAUCAGCCUUUCCCUUUUUAAAGGCGGAGGAUUUUAGGUUAGGUUCCUAAAUAAGCCACAGUUUUGAUUUUUUUUUUUUUUAGUUUUUUUUAAGUUUUUGUUUCAAAGGAUAACAAAAAAUCUCAGCUGUAAUAAAGUCUAAAUCCCAAAGCUGGUCACAGAUAUGCAAACAAGAACUUGAUUAGGAGAAUUUUGGGGCUUUGUGUUAAUGAAACGUGUCACAUGAUGACAGAUUGUCAAACCUGGCUUCUGCUUUGGUUUCUUAUAAAAGAUAAUAUGUUAAAUACUCCCCUCGGUGUGUCUGCAAUGCUGACAGUUUGCUAAGAUUCAUUCAGGCUUAACCCAUCCCUGAACAAAGCUUCACAAAAAGAUUUGAACAGUGACUUCUUGAGAAACAACUACAUUUUCAGGUGGUAUUUUGUUGUAAGUUAUUAUGCAUCAGGCUGAUAUUGAAGUUCUGUUUUAUUCAUGAUUUCCCAAAAUGUGGUUUAUUUCUAGUUGUUUCAUUUAACCACCAUCUUGGGCUGAGCCUUCCCCUGGUAAAUCCUUGUGUAGUGUGCAUGAUUGCUGAUUUAUCCUCUUAUGAGAGUAACAGAACAUCUUCAAGUAUCAGAAAGGCACUUUUAGAUUGGCCAAUAAGCCCUGGUCUGUAUUUUUUGGAACAAAUACAUGGGGAAAAAAGUUUACUCUCCACGUUCCCAAGCUGUUGUUCAUAUAUAAAGUCACAUUUCAUAAGUCAUAUAAAUAGUUUAUUCCUGGGACCACUAGUUAAAAUAUUUGAUUCUGGUAAAAAUGAUCCAGAUUUAGAAAUUAUUUUUUUUUCUACCAAGGUUUGAGUAAUCCAGCUAACUGUUAGCCUGGUUCAAAGAAAAACUGAAUAGCAUCAACUUGAUCCAGGUCCAGAUUUUUAAGGAUUAACUAUCCAGAUUUCUAGAGCUUUAAAGGGAACUUUCCAAUCACAUACUUUGUCCACAGAGGGCGCCAAAAUCGCACAAUAUCAUCACAAUUGCAAAAAAUAAAAAAUUUAACAUUUGGUAUUAAAGCUAUUUGGUGAAAUUUAAUAUGUACCUCGUUGAUUUUGUCACUCAAGUAAGCAGAAUAUCAGUGCAGGUAUAUAUCUUGAGUCUUAAAAUGUUAGUGACCUUAAAUGUUGAAUUGUCUGAUCAAUUAGACCAUAUUCUUGCAUUUUCCCCUGUAAUCCAAUCUGAAUCCAACUUGCUGUGAUAAGGGAGAUUCUAAUGUUUUAGAUUAAAGUUAUCAGAUGUCUUCUGAAAAGUUUAAAAAGACACACAAGCUUGAGGUGUAAUCAGGAAAAAAAAUGAAUCCGGGCUUCCCCCCAGUCCAAAGACAUGCUUGUUAAGUUGAUUGGUGAAUAUAAAAUGCCCAAAGGAGAGAAUGUGAAUUUUUCUCUAUAAACAGCUUGAUUUAAGAUCAAUCCAAUCCUGUAGUUUUGAUACUAUUGGACUUUUUUUUUUAACAAUCGGGCCCAGGUAUGAUCACCUUUCAGUUAUAUUUAACAAACAUAUGGGAUGUUUUGAUACAGAGCGCCUGCGAUGGUUCAAAUUUGAAAGAUUUCUGUAAAGGUACACAAAUAAUCAGGUUGUUUCUACUUGUCACUUUUCUUUGUGUAAAUGUCCUAAAAGCUGCACUCCCUGAUUAUCUCCUAAAGCUUGUCUACAAACCCUGAAACACAGAAUCAGACCAAACCCGCCAGAAUACAAAGCAGACCAGCCUUUGUUAGCAGAUGACACCGUUUCCAGGUUUUUAUUUGAAUUGUGUGUGAAUGGAAAUAAGGAUUAUGUAACCUCUGAAACAAGUGGUUGACUUGCACUAACUUAAAAACCGAGUCAUGGGUUUGUAAAGAUGAAAAACCUCAUAAUGUGGCAUGUUUUAUUUGAUGUUAUGCAAAAUCCAACGUCUGUAGAGUAAUAGUCCUGAGUUUUGUUUUUAAUGCAGUAUGUGUGACAAUUGUAAAUACUUUGUGUACAAUUUGAGAUGGUAUAUUUACUACACUGUACAUACAUGUGAUAUUGUAUCAUUUUGUUUUUGUAAAGCAGUUAGUUUCUGUAUAAUAAUAUACAAAUUGAACUAUUCCAGUGUUAGUAAUAAAAUGUUUUG